AGGGAUCCGAGGCCUGUACGGCUGUACAUAAUAACCCCAAACGGCUGAAGUCUCCCACUUUCCCAAAAGCCAAAGCCUGAUCUGAUCUCGCCCGCCCCCACGCUCCUCCACUGAUGUCGCCACCGUGAGCCUCCGCCGUGACUCGCGAGCCGUCCAGUCCACCAACUCCACCGUCUCCCUCUCCUCCGUCUCUCUCUCUCUCUCACGGACGAACACCGUCUGGCGUAGGCGUUCACAACUCCACCUCGCAAGCGUCCACUCCUCCUCCUCGCAAUCGCACGAAUCCAUGACGACGCUCAAAGAGAUCCUGACCCGACGGCCAGUGGCGGCGACCAUCCGCCUCACCGUCCCGGCCGGCGGCGCGCGUCCAGCUCCACCCGUGGGCCCCGCCCUAGGUCAAUACCGGCUAAACCUAAUGGCCUUCUGCAAGGACUUCAACGCUCGUACCCAGAAGUACAAACCGGACACGCCAAUGUCAGUUACCAUAACGGCGUUCAAGGACAACACGUUCGAGUUCACCGUUAAGUCGCCGUCAGUGACGUGGUACCUGAAGAAGGCCGCUGGCAUUGAGUCCGGCAGUGGCCGAACCGGCCACGUCGUCGCCUCAACCCUAACCCUAAAGCACAUUUAUGAGAUUGCCAAGGUGAAACAGUCUGAUCCUUUUUGCCAGUACAUGAGUCUUGAAGCUAUUUCGAAAUCGAUUAUGGGUACUGCUAAUACUAUGGGGAUUAAGGUUGUCAAAGAGUUGGAGUGACUGAAGUGAUUUGAGUUGUUAGGGUUUCGGUUAAAGUGUUAGUCGAGCCAUGUUACAAACACAACAAUGUACACAACAUUGACCGCAACAUGUCAAUGUGUCGUUACUUCGUUGGAAAUCGAAAUUAUCAAUCUACCAAAUGACCAAUGAAAUAGUGUCACAUUAGCAUUAGCAUGUUGUGUGUAAUGUUGGGGAAAUCUUUGUGUUUCUAGGCUUUCUCGUUGUUAGACUGUUCAAUUGUGUUUUGACUUUUGAUGUUGUGAAAUGAUUUCUGCCUAUCAAUAAAGACUGGAGAACUAUGCUUGAUGUGGAA